UUUCCUGAAUAGAGAUUCCAACCCCGUUAAAAUUCGGCUAAGAAAUUGGAUUUUAAAGACAGUUAUAUUUCGUUUACUUUCGUAACACCUUUUUUCACUUACGUUUAGUUUUUUUGUUCUUUAUUUGUUGCAAAUUUUACUUACCCUGAAAUCAAAUUAUUCAAAUACCAAAAAGUAAACCAAAUGUUUAAAAAUGCAAAAUUAUAAAUUUAGGAAAUUUUAAUUAGUCGUAUAACUCUAAUUAGAACGAUAGAGGAAGAGAAUAAAGUAAUUGAGUACCUAUGUAAAAUGCUUGUACACACCGCACUAAAUUAACUGUUUAAGAUAAGGUAAGUAGUUUAGUUACUAUGAUUCCUGUUUGGUUGGCAAGAUCAGUUAGAUUAAAGUUCCAAGCAAGAUGUUACAUUCGACUCUUAAACAUCAAAGACACACACUUGCAUAUAUCUGAACCAGCACUUGUUUAUUACUCCAAUGAAUCAAAAAGAAAAAGUGUAAAAUAUGGAGAGGUACAAAACUUACCAGACAGCAUAUUAAGAAGAUUGGAAGAGAUGAGAAAAUAUUACACAUGGAAAGGAAAACUACUCGUUGCAUCUGUGCUCACAUUUGUAGCAGUUGCAGUGUCGUAUUUUUAUUUAUUUGGGGAUGCAAUGCGAAAUAAGAUGGCAGAAGAAGUGACAUCAGUUGCCAGUAUCUCACUUACUGACAAUAAACUUAUCAGCGAUGCUGAGCAAUUAUCUAAGGAGGUCUUGCAAGGGAUUUUACAUGACCCAGACAUGAAGGAUUACUCUACAAAGUUUGUGUCAAGUGUUAUGUCUAAUCCUGACACCAGAAAAUCAGCUAUAGACCUUGUUAUAUCAGUGUUAAAUGAUGAAAAAGUUUUGGAAUUAAGUGCUGAUAAAUUAGGGACAAACGAGGUGAUCUCAGAUAAAACUGUCCAACAGCGAGCUGGCCAGGCUCUGUGGUCUGCCGUCAAGUUUUCUAUUACUCCAAGAUUAUUUUCAUCAAAAGAAGAAGUUGGAGAACCAAUAGAGUUAAAUGAAUUGAGUUAAAAUUUAUCUGAAACUAAAAUACAACAUAGUGUGCUAUCUAAGGAAAAUACAUUAAAAACUAAAAUUCAAAAGAAAACAAUUAAAAAAGAACCAACGCAUAAACCAACCGCAGCCAAACCACCCAAAGAAUCAUCUAAUUAUAUACCAUCUUAUAAACAUAAAGAAACAUCUUCUAAAAAACAUUUCCAAAACAAUUAUCUUUUUAAGGACCACUUGCACAAAAUAACACUUUAUAAUGAAGUAUCAACGAAAGAAACAUCUCGCAAAAAUCCAUCUGAAAAAUAAUCCUUGUCUAAGUAGUGUACUUGCUCAAAUACCUUUUUUCUGAAGCAAUGUAUUAGUAAACCAAUGUCAUUCGUUUUGGCUAAACCAUACCAUUAAAUCUCAUGUGAAAAGUAAACAACUCUUUAAAAACACUGUGAAUCUUUACUCAUUGAAUUCAAAUUUAUUUGUUGUUUCAAUAUUGCUGCUGUAGUACAAUGAUGUAUUAUACCUUUGUAUAACUAGUACAAUGAUGUUUAUUUA